AAAGAAGAGCAAAAAAUGGGGAGAGGAAAAAUGGUAAUUCAAAGAAUUGAUAAUACAACAAGCAGACAAGUAACAUUUUCUAAAAGAAGAACUGGAUUAAUUAAGAAAGCUCGUGAGCUUUCAAUCCUUUGUGAUGCUCAUCUUGGACUCAUUAUUUUUUCAAGCACUGGAAAACUAUAUGAGUAUGCUAGCACAAAUAUGGGAUCGGUGAUAGAAAGAUACAAUAAGACAAGAGACAAUAAUCAACCACCAACUCUAGCUCAGGAUCUUGAGUUUUGGCAAAGGGAGGUAGCGAGAUUGAGGCAACAACUGCAGCUUUUAAAGGAGAAUCACAGGAAACUCAUGGGUGAAGAUCUUUCAGGUUUGAGCAUCAAAGACCUCCAGAAUUUAGAAAAUCAACUGGGAGCGAGUUUGAAAGGUGUUCGAAUGCAGAAGGAUCAACAUAUAGCUGAGGAGAUCAAAGAGCAGAAGCGAAAGGGAAACCUCAUUCGUCAAGAAAAUGUUGAACUCCAUCACAAACUUAACCUUGCAAAACAAGAAAAUUUGGAUCUCAAAACGAAGUUGAAUGGGGCAUAUAAGGUGACUCAAGCAUAUCAACAUACAAACAUGUCAAGCAAUGUCGUUCGAAGUGAGUACCUCAUAAAACCCAUGUAUCUUCAGCUAAGCCAACCACAAUCAUUGAACAUUGAUGCAUCAGCAAGAACUAUGAAGCUAGGCCUACAGUUGCAAUAACAUAGAGAGACAUAUUUUAACUCGUUCGAUCGAGAGAGCAAGUCAUGCCUCAAGUACAAGAUGUAUGUUUAGCAAGAAGGCCAAUAAAAUGAGGUGAAGGUGGAAAAUCAAAAAGCUUAACCACCAAGCUAAUCUGGCUUAAGUUUCUAAUUUUUCUAAUUUUUUUUUUGGGGGGAUAAAUAUAGAUGCUCAUUUGAAAGCGAUACCUCCUCACGAGUACUAAGUUACUAACAGUGGACGUACUCGAACUUGGGACCUCAAAAUUACAAGUAGAACCCUAUUAUAUACUAAAUCACCAUGUCUUAAUUUGGUUCUACUUUUUUUGUUUUGAAGCAAAGGUGAGCAUGUACGUAAAUGACAUUAACGUCAAUAUGUUUUGUAAGUGCGUUAUUCAUUGUCUAUGUGAAUCAGACAUGCUAUCGCAAAAUAAAUGAUACAACUCAAGCCACCAUAUUGGUAAAAUAAAGAAGCAGCAUCAUAUAUGGAUCGAAACAACACUUGAUUUUAUAUACAUUUUGAGUAUCAUGCUCAUUGUACGCCAACUUCCAUGUACUUUCAUUACACAUGUAUGGUCAAACUAUAAGAAUAUAGAGGCAUGACAAAUUGAACAUGCAAAUGGUUAAAAAAUUCAUUUUGCUAAAACAUGCAAGUACAUUAUUGACAAAGAGAACAUAAAAUAAUGAUUAAUAUAACUUGCAAAUAAAUAUUUUUUAAUAAAGAAGAGGGAAGAUCACCCAAAGAAAAGGAAAAUACAACAAAAAAAAACAUAAGAUCAAAAUUGCAAUCAUCAAUUACCAUUAUCUUGUAAGAAAAACUUAUGCCGAUCAUUUUCAUCAAGAGAAAGGAGAGUUAUGUACACAACUGGGUACUCAACUUUGCUUUUUGUUUCAGUUUGAAGUACUGAACUUUAAAAAGCUCCAGUUUGGGUACUCAAAAUGGACGUCUAUUAGUUAGGUACUGAACUUAAAAAGGAAAAAUAUGACAUGGAAUCAGUUUUUAACUUUUUGACCAACUUUUUGACUUUUUUUUCUCUCCUCUAAUUCCUCUCCCCUCUAUUCUC